AUGUUAAACGAAGAAAUAUUAUUAAUAAAUAAACAACUUCCUUCGAUUUUACUUUCUACAAAAAAUGAUGAGGAUGAUGAACAACAACAAACACAACCAAAUUUAGAAAUUAAUAAUCCUUCUUGCAGCAGUCAACAACAUUCCCCAGCAACCUCCCCAGGUUGUUCCUCUACCCAUUCUUCCCGUUCAUUUCAUCUUCAUUUUCCUUCAACAAUGUCCAGUUUACGGAAAUCUGGCAUUAAUUUAGUUAGAAAUAUUCCAAAUAAUUUAAGAAGGUCUUCACUUGCUAUGUUUCAAGUAAAUUUUUAAAAGAAAUUUUUUUAAAAAUUAAUUUUUAA